UCACCCGCACCCCUCUUUCCCGAGCACCCCUCACUGAGCUCCAUUUUCAAUCUUCCUCAACCAUUCACUUGAACUCCACAGCCCUAGCUGACGCUAACACCUUUUCCCUCACCUCCUUUGCGGCCUCUGCAUCCCAGCGAAGCCCUAGACGUUAUCACCCCAACCCAACCGCAGAGGCCUAA